GAGUGAGUUACCAUGCCGUAAAGUGCUUCGAUGCGACCUGCCACCAGUGGAGAGCAACAGAAGGCCCCGAAAGCUUCUUAAAUUUAUAGACGAUGAAAGCAGGCGUAUUGGGGUUCCGUUUCAUUUUAUAGAGCGCAUUAUCGUCUUCCUCACGAUGAUUAUAGAGAAUGUGGACGCCCUCAAGUCGUGGCUGGCGAAACUCCUAGAACCAAUAUGUGAUGCUGACCCCUCUGCGUUGGCCAAUUACGUUGUGGCUCUGGUGAAGAAGGACAAACCGGAGAAGGAGCUCAGAGCACUUUGUGCCGAUCAGCUCGACGUCUUCCUGCAAAAAGAGACUAUAGGCUUUGUGGAUAAACUUUUUGAAUGUCUGACAAGCAAGAACUACCAGGGGAACCCCAUUGCCAAGGAAGUUCCAAAAGAAGUGGUUAACCUUCCACCAGCCAAAUCAGAUGCAUUGGAAAUUGAGGCUCCAGAGGAGGAGAGAGAAAACAGGCGCAGGAGAAGUCCUCUGAGAAACCGCUCCGACUUCAACGAGUCCAGGAGUCGCGACGACAGGAGGCGGGACGAGCGCAAGAGGCGCGACUUCGAUCGUCACAGCAAGAGCAGCGGUGGCGGCGGCGACUUGCACCGCGAGCGGGAGCGUCACGAGCGUCGCAAGGGGAGCUCCCGCGGGAGGAGCAACAGCCGCAGCCGGAGCAGGAGUGGCAGCCGGGGGAAGAGUAGAGGACGAGACUUCAAGUCAAAGUUCGAGGUGGAGAGGAAGGACGCGGACGGCUACAACUCGUCCAUGCCGGGCAGGCCCCAGCAGCCUCCGCAGCUCACGUCGCCUCUACUGCCCACCCCCCUGCAUCCCUUCUCGUCUACCACCGGCGGUCCGGGGCCUGGCGGCAUCCCCUUGGCGACGCACGCGCAUAUGCCCGACGGCACCACGGACAGCUGGUCCAGCUACUAUGGCAAACCGAGGAAAGAUGGCGUCUGCAAGCCGUUCAGCAAUAAGAACCCUUCACGCAAGCAGCGAUGCAGGGAUUACGACGAAAAAGGAUUUUGCGUCCGCGGCGACCUGUGCCCGUUCGACCACGGCAACGAUCCUCUCAUCGUAGAUGACGUCAAUCUGCCAAACAUCAUCCCUUUCCCGCCACCGCCAGUGAUACCCCCCGGUGGGCUACCCAUGCCACCGCCCAUUACCGAGCCACCCCCCUCACUCAGGAUACCGCCGCCGCCGAUGCCGCCCUAUGGCCAGCCGCCGCCACCUGGCGUCUUUUCGUUGGCUGGGCCUGCUGUUAUGAGACAUCAGCUUGGGCUUGUGUCUCCAUCAGGACCUCCUCCACUGAUCGCAACCAGUGGAAUGGAAGCGCCCAACCACCAGUCGGCGAUCACGUCGUCGCCUCCAGUCGGACCGCCCGGCGUGAGGCUGCCGCCACCUCUUCCUUUGCCUCCUCUGCCUCCUCCCUCCUCUUCGUCGGUGUCGCUGCGUCCCCGUUAUGUCCAGUCUGAAUAUAACUACGAUCCAGAGGGCUAUAACCCAGAAUCGCCAGGACUGACUGGUGCAGGUCGCAACCAGUAUCGGCAAUUCAUUCCCCGAGUGCAGACGCAGCGCCCCAACCUCAUUGGCCUCACGUCCAAUGACGGACAAGGCUCCAGAGCUGCUAACAUAGUGAUCCAGACGGAGCCCGCAACUCCCGCCAGCACACUGGGAAGCAACAUGUCCUGUUUCAACUCUGAGCAGCACAACAGGAAGAGACCCAUGGGCUGUAUGAUAGCUGAGGGACCCACGGCUAAAAAACCCUGGAUGCAGAAGCCAAACUUCAACAACAAAGGCAGCUUCCCAAAGAGGAACUUCCACGUGAACACCAAGCUGGAGGUGCGCAAUAUCCCGCCUGAGCUCAACACCAUCACCAAGCUCAAUGAGCACUUCAGCAAGUUUGGGACCAUUGUGAACAUUCAGGUGGUGUUCGGCGGCGACCCAGAGGUGGCGUUGAUCCAGUUCACAUCCAACGAAGAAGCCCGUCGGGCCAUGUACUCCGUGGAGGCGGUGCUAAACAACCGCUUCAUCAACAUGCGCUGGCAUCGCAAGUUCAGCAUGCCGGGGAUUCACCAGCUGGAGCAGGGCACGGGGAGCCAGGUGGCCGGGUCCGCUCCCAACCUCGGGCCGCAGGGUAUGAAGCAGCACAAUCCUGCCACUUACGUGCUGAACAAGCAUCGGUCGCCAGCGGCGGUAGGCCCUACGAGCACGCCUGACAACCUGAACCCCAGUGCAGAAGCUGGCAAUGUGGUGCCGACGCUGACAAACACCCAGAAGGGCCCCUACGCUUCCAACCCGCUCAAGUCGUCCUCCAAGUGCCUUGGGAAAACGGCGAAAGCGCUGGAAGCACAGGAAGCCCUGAAGAAGAAACAGGAGGCGUUAAAACUACAGCAUGACUUGCGAAAGAAGAAGCAAGAAAUGUUAAAGACACAGAUUGAGUGUCAGAAGGCGCUGAUUAACCGUCUGGAGAAGAACAGGGGGAUGAAACCAGAGGAAAGAGCCAACAUCAUGAAGACACUGAAGGAACUGACUGAAAAGAUAGCCCAGCUCCAGAAUGAAAUGAAUCCGGCCUCCCAGGUCUCCAAGGCCAAUCACAACCAGCCCAAGACAAAGACCGACGCCCAGAAGGAGCUCCUGGAUGCUGAGUUGGAUUUCCACAAGAAGCUAAGCUCUGGAGAAGACACGACAGAUCUCAAGAGAAAACUGGGCCAGCUACAGAAGGAGGCAACACAACUUGGCAUCCUGCGAUCCCCGACGUGUCGAGGCCGCGGCCGGGGGAAGGUACCGCCGGAAGCAGGCGCCAUUCGCGCGAGGGGCCGCAGCGGUUCUGUAAACCGCAUGGUGGUGGACCACCGGCCCAGAGCUCUGUCUAUCGUGGGGGUCACUCAGGAGGAGAAGGAGGAGCUCAUGUCACACUUUGUGAAAUUUGGUGAUCUAGAAGAUCUCCGUGACCAGGACGCCACCAGUGUCGUCAUGACCUUCAAGACUCGGAGCGAAGCCGAGAAUGCAGCCAACCAGGGAGCCAAGUUCAAAGGUCGCGUGUUGCAAAUUUCCUGGCACAAGCCUAAAACGCCCUCUGUCACCACAGAGCCUGAGGAGGAGGAGUCCAAAGACGACAACAACACGCAGAAGGAAGGUCGCUCCAAUGUGCCCGGCGAGGAGGAAGAAGAGGAAGAGGACGAUGACGAAGACGACAAGUAUGAAAGCCGAUCUUGGAGACGAUGAAGGCGUCCUUACGACAGCGAAAAAAAUCGCCAUUGCGGAUAACACGGAAGGACCCCCCUUUUUUCUUAGAAUUUUCAACAAAGUCAUUUUAAGACUAACAGAAGUUUGGUUUUCGCGGGUUUCCCCCCACUCAACAAAACGAUCUCACUUUUGCUGAGAAAGGCGAAGGUUCAGUUCUCCAAGAUAGUUUAAAUGUGCUUACUUUACUGUCGGUAAUGCACAACAUUUGCAUCUACUGUGAAAAGCUAUUUUUAUACAUUACUGUAUUUAAAAUUGUUUUUUUUGGGGAGUGGGGGGGGGGGGGGGGGGGCAAUGCAGUCUCAGUUAAAUGACCACGUUAAUUUAUUUCUUUGCCUCUUACCUGCUCUAGCUCGGCAACAAUUGGAUUCAGAAAUGAAAACACAUUGAACCCACAAAUGCUUCCAUUCAUUCAUUUAGUAUGGCCCUUUGAGGACUUUCUAAAAACUAAUAGGAAAAUCACCUUGUGGUCAUUUACUGUAAAUAUAUCACAUUUCUUUUUAAUUUCCACUCUGCUUCUCAAGCAAACAAAAAGACGAGCCAGUCAUUCCUAAAUAUCGAUAGACAGAUGUUUGAAUGUAAAAAAAAAAAAAAAAAAAAAAAAGCCGUUGAUUUUAACAUCUAGAGAAUUAUAAUGGAAUUUCUUUCUUUGCCUUACACCCGUCAGCCCCUCGGCGGAAUUUUUUACAAGAUGUGGUUCACUUUUUCUUUGUUUUUGUGUAAAUUAUGUACAUUUGCUUAAAACAUUUGCAUUUCAGUUUUCUGUCAUUUUAAUCUGGGGGAGGGAAAACAUGAUCCCGUUUCAUUAAAUCGUUCCCCCUUAAAGAUUUAUUUCUAGUUUCCUGCUUUAUACUGUAUCAAAAUUCAACCGUAAUCCACAUAGUAAUGUUUACACGCACCCUGAUGUGGAGUUGCUUGAUUGCAUUUAUUUUUGGGGGAGUGAAAAACUAAAACCAAAAGAAUAUUUAUUGAACUUUUCCUGCAUGUAAAUACACUUACUGUGUCCUUUGGAGUCAUCUUCGCGCCUAGAUUACUUUUCUCACAAGUCCAUAAUAAGUUCUCUGUUGGUUUUAAAAAGGACAAAGUAACUGGUUUCUUGUAUAUUCAGAGAAGUUGCUCUCUAUCCCACUUUUUUUUUUUUUUUUGUACUCGUGUGUGUUUGCUAAUACACCGUAGUGUUAAAAAAAAUUGUAAGUUUAUCGGAUAAUAGUUUUGGAUUUGUUACUGUUUAUAUUUACAGGAUGUGGAUGAUGACGAUGAUGUAUUUUUCAUGUCAUUUUGCUCGUAAAAAGAUGGAUUUCUAAUUUACAAGCAUGUUUGCUUUUGCCAAUAAAGACAAGGAAUGGGCUGCUUGGGGGAGAAAAAAAUGAAAGGGGGGGGAAAAAGAAAAAAAUACAAUUUGAUCUUGGGGGGCAUUUAAAAGAUAAAAAAAAUCAUAUUGGCAAGUUUUGAAGAAAAAAAAGCAAAGCAAAAGCAUUCCAGGAAAUACCAUCUUAAAACUGUUGUUGUCUCAUCUUUUUACACCUCAGUUUUUUGUUUUUUUUUGGGGGGGGGCAUAUACAAAGAGAGGUAACCCAAAUUUUGGGGUGAGAAUGCGCCAUAAUCUAUUACUACCAUAUGCCAAAGUAGUAAAGUCAGUAUUAAAGUAAAUAUACAAAAAACACUUGUAGGGCAAUCGAAUCAUUCUAUGAAUAUGGCUUUAUGAAUAGUGAUUUCAUGGUGGGGGGUUUGCACCCCUUUUUAAAUA